UUCAUUUCGGGACCAUCGGGGCCCCGAGGUCCGGAGCUCACUGAUUCCUGGACGCCGAAGCUUUGGUGAGCGGCUUUCCCGGCAGCUCCAAAACACCAUUUGUUGUUAGCGUAUCGCCGGCGCUCUGUCGCUGGCAGCUUCCACGAGCUGUCUCCUCGGCUCUUAUCGGCCCGGACGGGUUGACUGGCGCAUAAUAUCCUAGAUUCCUGUUUGCUCCGAUACUUAAUCCCCGCACUUGCGCUGCGCAGGAACCGACGAUGGCCGAUUCGCCGGCGGAGAGGGUGCUGAGCGUGGGUGGCCAUGAUUUCGGCUACCCGCACGGCCACUUGGGUCACCUCACCGCGGACGAGGAGAACAGGCUCAAGUCGUUCAAGCUCUUCCUCGAAGAGAAGGGCAUGUAUCGCCCCGGGCCGCCGCCCUCGCAUGAUGACCAGACGCUGCUGCGCUUCCUGCGGGCGCGGAAAUGGGUGGUCAAAGACGCCUAUGCGCAGUUCAAGGACACUGAGGACUGGCGCAAGGCGAACCAGCUCGAGGUGCUGUACGACACAAUAGAUGUGGAUGCAUAUGAGCAGACGAGGCGUUUGUAUCCCCAAUGGACGGGGCGGAGAGACAGGAGAGGCAUCCCCCUCUAUCUCUUCCAAAUCCGCCACCUCGACUCCAAGACAGUCUCGACAUACGAAAAGUCGGCCGAGUCGACCAACGUCAGCCAGGCGCAAACGGACGGCUCCACGCCGCAACGGCUGCUGCGGCUGUUCGCGCUGUACGAGAACCUGACGCGGUUCGCGCAGCCGCUGUGCACGGAGAUGACGGACCGCGAGCACGCGCGCACGCCCAUCACGCUGAGCACCAACAUCGUGGACGUGUCGCAGGUGUCGCUGCGCAUGUUCUGGAACCUCAAGUCGCACAUGCAGGCGGCGUCGACGCUGGCCACGGCGCACUACCCGGAGACGCUCGACCGCAUCUUCAUCAUCGGCGCGCCCUACUUCUUCAGCACCGUCUGGGGCUGGAUCAAGCGCUGGUUCGACCCCAUCACCGUGUCCAAGAUCUUCGUCCUGAGCGCCAGCGAGGUCAAGCCGACGCUCGAGGCCUUCAUCGAGCCCCGCAACAUCCCCAAGCAGUACGGCGGCGAGCUGGAUUUUGAGUUCUUCGACCGCCCCAACGUGGAUCCAAAGAUCAGGGAGAAGCUGAGCUGGGAGAACGGUUAUACGGAUUUCCCCGAGGGCCCGGCGUACUGGGUGCCCGUGGACGGCGGGAAGCGGCUGGCCUGCAUCGCGGUCGGGAGUAAGGACGGCAAGCUGAGGCGGGAGCGCGUCUGCAGUAUCUCGGUCGCGUUCCCGGCGGAGGAGGCGAACGGCGUCCCGGAAGCUGGCAGGGCGGCGACCUCCCCGCCGGCGGCUGCUGCGGAUCCUGCUGUGGAAGCUGCUGUCGACGGGGUGCAAAGCCUGUCUGUCGUCGACGACAGGGUGGUGAGCGAGAUUGAGGAGAAGGUGGCCGUCGAGGACCGGAAGGAGGAGGAGAAGGCUGCGGCUGUUUCCGCGUGAGGUGUUUCGGGUUGGGUUGUUGGGACGGCUGGCGGGUGUUUGACGGGUGUUGGCAUAGACGGCUUGGAUGUGUUUGGCGUGGGUCAUGGACCUCUACAUUGUUGGUCAUGUUCUGGGGAUAAUCUGAUACCUUUCAAGCGGCGAAAUGAGGGUGAUGCAUGCCGGGAGAUCUCUGGGGUAAUAAUAGGAGAGAAAUGGCUGGAUAUGCGAUUUUACCACUGAGCAACAGCGAGUUCCUCUUGGAAGCUGUGGCAAAUGGCUCCCAUCUUGCCCGCCAUCGCUCUACGGUGCAAUUCGCGUACCUGUCGACAGUGCGCAGGCCCAGCCGAGUCGCGCAACUGCCCCCGGCAAAGGGAAGGCGUGCUCUACCGCCAGGUCUUUUGUA